AUGUCAUCCCCAGCUGCUGAACAACCCACAACACUGACAGUUCCAACUACGACAGAACCUCCUGUGGAACAACAAAGCGAACAAAAAACGCAAGACGGACAACCUGUUCAACAAGUUGUGUCACCACAAGAGAAACAAAAAGCUGCUGAUGAAGAGAUGAAAAAGGAACUGAACGAAGCUUCACGAAAGCAAAUUGAAUUGUUUGAAAAGCAAAAAGCCGAGAAAGAGUACGACGCUAUUUUUUAUGCAGCGAUCUACGUGAAAUUGAUAACCGUGUGCGAGGCGGUGAAGGAAGGACAACGCAUUGAAUCUCAUCGAGAAGUAGCGAAUAACAUCAUUGGAGCCAAUUUCAAGAAGAAUGAUGCGGAACAACAGAAGUCUUUUGUAGGAAAGAAAAGGACGGUAUAUACCCUCCAGAAGAACACAGUCAUUAUAUUGGUCGUGUGUGGGUAUUCAUUUCCGGCAAGUCUUUCAUUGGAUACUAUGAAGAAGAUAUAUAACGCUUUUUAUUCGACGUUUCAGUCGGGAACAAAUAACUUCAAUGACAGAACAGUCGUCGAUGCUCAGAACUUCUCCAGCUUUAAAAAGAGUUUGGCGUGCUUUAUCAAAGACGCUAACGAAAACUCAACAGACCCAAAAAGAAAAGCUGCACUUGCCUCCGAGCAGUGUUGGAUGACUACACAAGAGUCUUUUAAAGCUAUUAGCAAACGAGGAAAACAAGUCGAACAACUGAACCAGGCUUCCACAGUUAACGCAUACGCUGCAGUGCAACUCAACACCAAAAUGGAUAAACUAGAAAAGGCAGCGUGUUGUGAAUUAGCUGGAAAGAAAGCGAAGUUCAUUAUUAUAUAUGCUGUCCUAGGCAUAGCUCUUGUUGGUAUUUUAGUUGGGGUUGUCAUGAAGUUUAUGCCCAAGUCGUCUUCUGCUUGA